GAGGUUAUAUGCAGGAAGAGAGUAGCGAAAGGGGGAGGAAACGGAGAAAUGGUGCAGUGAAACAAGUGGGGAUAAGUGGCUGCAUGGCACGUAUUGGUAGGGGCAAGAUAUCACAUGCAGGAAAUAUGAAGCCUGUGAUUGUUGUUCAUGGAGGUGCCGGUAAGAUUGUUAAGGAACUGGAUGAAACAUAUCGUUUAGGAGUGAAGCGUGCAGUUUUAAAGGGGUAUGAUGUCUUAAGACAAGGGGGCAGUGCACUCACCGCAGUUGAAGAGGCUGUUAUAGUAAUGGAAGAUGAACCAAUAUUUAAUGCAGGCCAUGGAUCCGUUCUGAAUGAAAAAGGAUAUAUAGAGAUGGAUGCCAUCAUCAUGGAUGGGAAAAAUUUAGACUCCGGUGCGGUCUCAGCAGUUAGAAACAUAGCUAAUCCAAUAAAACUUGCCCGCCUAGUUAUGGAAAAGACUGACCACAUGCUUUUAACUUGUGAAGGAGCCACCCUAUUCGCCAAAGCGCAAGGUAUUCCAGAAACUCCAAACGAUACUCUUAUUACAGAACGUUCCAGAAAAAGAUGGAUGAAAAACCUAAAGGAGAAUUCAAAUCCAAUUGCUGAUCAAAUAGGUUUAGGCACAGUUGGUGCUGUUGCUAUAGACUGUGAAGGAAACAUGGCUUGUGCAACAUCUACUGGUGGACUCACAAAUAAAAUGGUUGGGCGUGUUGGUGACACUGCUUGCAUAGGUAGUGGAGGUUAUGCUGAUAAUAAUGUAGGUGCAGUAUCGACAACAGGACAUGGGGAGAGUAUCAUGAAAGUGAUUCUAGCUAGACUGAUUCUUCAUUAUAUGGAGCAAGGUAAGUCUCCAGAAGAAGCUGCAGAUGCUGGACUGAACUACAUGAAGAGCAGAGUAGAGGGAACUGGAGGUGCCAUCAUUGUAAACAGUUCGGGUGACUGGACUGCUAAAUUCUCCACCAAUCAAAUGUCCUGGGCUGCCGUUAAAGAUGACCAGUUACAUAUUGGAAUUUACCACGGCGAGAAUAAUGUGAUACCUCUUGAAAAAGCCCUGUAGACAAAUCCCUGAAUGUUUGCUCUUUUCAUUGUCGACAAUUAUCGAAUUACAAAAAAUGAUUUGUGACUUCAGUCUUCAAAUAAUCUAAUUUUUCAUAUAAUACAGUACUGUAUGUUCCUUUUUGAUCAUUCUUAUGAUUUUCUCAUGUGAUAAAUGUAUGUUCAAGUAAAUAUUUGCUAACAGCAUUAAGUGUAGCAGGGUGCCUCCAAUGCAAUAUGCAAAUACAUUUCAUUGUUAUAUCUGAUAACAUGUAUGUAAUGUACUUUUAGAAAUCAGUAAAAGUCAUGCAAGGUGUCAUACCAAGGUGUCAUACCACACUAGAUUUUUAAUUAGACAUACAGUAGAACCCCCAAUUUACAUCCUUGGAUUUUAAGUUUUCCCGCUUUUUACACCGUUUUUUUGUGGUCCCACCAAUUUUAAUGCAUUCCUAUGGGCUCUAUUCCUGGAUUUUACAUAUGAAUUUCCCGCAUUUUACACUGUUUUUAUCAUGCCUCUCCCUAGCAAAUCACUUAGUUUUAAGGUAAAAAUACAGCUUACUUUAGGAAUUAAAGUUUCCCCCAUGUCUUGCGAUCACAGGCGCCAUCUUAGGAAGGUCAGCGUCACCACUAUCGCCUCAUAUUUCAUACUGUGCAUGCGUACCUUCCGGGAGCGUACAAAAUACCGUGAGAGUUGCAAGUAUGGGGAGAGUUGCAAGUAUGGGGAACAGCUGUACAAGGUGCAGAUUUUUAAAAGAGUACAGAUUUUUGUUUCAGUGCUGUACAGUAUUCUUUUCCACAUCUUAUUAAUUUAUAGUGAUAUUCAAACUUUUAGCAAACACAUGCAUUAAAUGCAAAAUGUUUUACAGUACUGUAAAAAAUUGUUUCAGUACUUCUGCUAAAACCUGUGAAAUAACUCAGUAAAGGAACUGUGUUGCAAAUAAAAAAUGAUUCCUGUACUUAUUUCCUUUAAAUCAUUGACAUUUAUGUGUCCUUAACACAUUUCCCUGAUUUUACAUUUUCCCUGAUUUUACAUCUUUUUUUCAUGGUCCCCUGAAAAACGUAAAAUGGGGGUUCUACUGUAUAACAUAGCUUGUUUACAAUAUGGUUAACUGCAAACCCCACCCGUUUCUCCCAGUGGAAAGGGUGAAUGUCCCAUAGUUUCUGGGAUGGAACGAAAGGGGCCAACUGCAGAACUGAGUUUAGGAGCUGUGAUCAAUGUAAUUAUUAAACCCACACACCCCAGACCUGAAAGGGUCAAUUGGGGAAGUCCUUGUCCAUGUGGUACAAUACCGCUACUGAAUUUGUUUUUUUUUAUAAUAUAUCGGUCAGAAAAACUCACUCUUUCAAUCUUUAUUUUAUAACUUACCAUGGUGUAUUAUUUAAAUUGCAGAGAAAUGUGUUAUUUUCAGUUCAUCACUCCAGACUAGGGAUGCACUGAAUCCAGGAUUCGGUUCAGUAUUCAGCCAGGGUUUCAGCAGGGUUCGGAUUUGGCCGAACCGAAUCCGAACCCUAAUUAGCAUACGCUAAAAGUUGCUGCGUGAACAUGGAAGUGGAAAAUUUGUUGGCACACGCGUGGCGACAUUUAUCCCUUCCGGAUUCCAUUCAGUAUUCGCCCGAAUCCCUUAUCAUGGAUUCAGGGGUUUGGCCGAACCCAAAAAACUGGGAUUGGUGUAUCCUCUACUCCAGACUAUAUUGUACAUUUUUGUAUCCUGUAGUACUUUAAACAAUCACUCAUGAACAUUUGCCAGCUUCAGAAUGUGUUGCGUUUUAACGCAGUGUUUGUUUAUUUGUUCUUCCAUUUCUUUUAAUGAUUUAUGCUUCAUAUGACACUUUAAUGUAAUUAAUGAGUAGAUUUAAUAAAACAUUUAUUUAAUUGAGA